AUGAGCUCCAGUUCUUUACAGAGUCCGAAAAAAGCUACAGGUCCUGUUCAGUCACCCAAACUCUCACGCGAAAGGAUCUCUACAUGGCUCAAUUUCAUCCCUCAAUUGCUCUCUCAGAGCAAGAUUUCCAACAUUGAACGUGUCGUCAACUUGUUACGUCACGCUGAGGAAAGCGAUGGGGCAAGACAACAGAUUGGAAGAUGUCCUGGAGUUACCUAUGUACCAAACUUGUUGCAAGGGACCAAUCUGCAUCAAGUUCUUGCGUCGUUCGACUUAACAAAGUCUAUGACGUGGGAGUCUAUUGUGAAGGCCCUCGAGUCAGGAAAGAUAGAGAUGCUAGUCAAGAAAGGAGUCAACGUGGACCCUAUCGCUAUUGAAAACAUCUUGCUUCCACUUGUAUAUAUUGCAUGCCACAGUGGCGAGCUUGUUCCUGGAGCCCUUCGUGACAUACCACGUCAAAUAUCUAAAAAGAUCUUGGGAAUUUCAAGAACAUCGAAGCUGCCAGCAGAUACAUGGUCUAGUGCAUUCACAGAUUGUGCUCUUCGGAUGCAUGACUAUGAAUCUCCAACGCCCAUAAUAUCUAAUAUCCUAAUGAACGAAAUGCUCGAGACGAUACGAAUCAAACGACUUCAAGAGGCUGGAUUCAUAGCACCAUUUCCGUUGUCAAGCAAAGGUCUCGAGCUUCCCAGGGGCUCUGAACAACGGUUAGCUGGUAUAUUAUCGUGUAGCUUUUAUACAGUGAUUGAGUUCUCCAAAAGAAGCGAGUACAUGACUGUAGAGAAUUUGCAUAUCUUGGCAAGUCAUGGGGGUCGGCUUCCUGCUGCAUGGUUCACGUCAGAGUUCCUGGCUGCUUCAGUGAAGGUAGCUGAAACACUUAUGAUUGAUGAUUUGGACAAGCCAUCUGCUGCUAAAGGUCUUGGUGCAAUUUCAGCGUUAUGGUCGUUUUGGAUUCGGAAAACAACUACAUACUCACAAUCGCCUCAUGCUGCAUCCAUAAUGGAAAUGCUAAAGACUCUAGUUCAAACCGAAGCAACAGACCCAACCACACUCUUGUAUAGCACUGUAUCUUUAUUAUCAUCGUACCCACCACAUCCAGCCUCCGAGGAAUCCAAAAACGCCGAAUACCUCAAAGAAUUAUGUUCCCUACUACCAACCGUCUACCCACGUCUACCAACUCAAGAACGAGAUCUGACGCGAGCCUCGAUAGCUCAAGUAUUUCGUAAACUGCCUGCCACUGAAAUCAAAGCAUAUGCAACAGCGCUACUGAAUGGUGUUGCAGCAGCACCAUUCGAAGCAAACGAUAUUGCUCAAUUGAUUUAUUUAAUUCAGUUUGGUGCUGUACAGCAGUGGGAGGCAAUGCAACCUGUGAUUAGACCGAUAUGGAGGAGAGUGUUUGGUGGUGAGAUGUACGCUGAACGGACUGUUCCUGAUUGGACGUUGGAUAUGUUAGAAGCUUGUCAGGAGGUUGGAGGCAUUGUUGGGAGUGCUGCAGCUGCUGGAGUAGCAAGGAGCGCAUUCCUAUCCAAAGCUGAUCCAAAGCACUUUGUGGUUACGCAGACCAUUCGACGUGAUAUCCUGGAUAGAGCGUUUGAGAUUAUUACAGUAGAAGUUUCAAAACGUAUAGCUGAUGAAAAUGAUUUGAUACCUUCUUCCGUCCGGGACGGAAUUGCUGUAAUUUGCUCUUCAACAGUGGGCGCUGUUACAGACCAUGAAGAUAUCUUCACCCUUCCCAAAUUCGAUUGGCGGCCUCUGAUAAAACAAACCGUCGCAUCACUACUUCAUUCAUCCGAUACAUUAUCACUACCAUCCAACACAUUCGACUUACUAUCAUCUGGCACUAUAUCACCAAGUCUGCACGACCUCUUGACUCAACGAGCAGACCCAAAAGCACGAACAUUCAUGUAUGGUGAAGUCAGCAGAAUGGCUUAUGGUAUUGGAUUAAUGGCUGCCGUCGUGUGGAAGGACGGAGAGGUAGAAACUGUCGAGUCUGUGUUGAAUGAUGUGCAUAGUAUGAUCGCUAGUGUUUCAAAGGCAUGGGAGACAUGUACCCUGAAUAGCAACCCUCCAAAAGCUAUCGAAGCAACAACAACAGCACUAUGGUCCCAUUUCCGUAUAAUGCUGUUCUGUGUCACAUCCAUAUUCAAGCACAUAACCGAUGUGUUGCCAGACAGGCCGGAUUUAGAUGCAUCACCAGCCCUUACCAAACUAUUUAUGGUAUUGCGAGACAUCCAUUUCGUGACUGUGAGAUUUGGCAGUGAAGGAUUCAAGGCCUGGCAAGGUGUAAUAUCAGGAUGCUGUGCAUGGUUUCAUACUCAUAUAAGGAGACAACUAAAGUUGAAACCUGAUGAUGUGAUUUAUGCAUUGAUUGGCGAUUUGGAAGCUGAUUUAUACAUCGCCAAAAAUCCUGUAUACAAGACACAGUUAACAUUCUGCAUGCUGCUAUCACGACAACUAGCACGACAUUUAUCAGACAAGAUCUUGUCACAAGACUUGUUACCCAAAUGCUAUCCAUAUCUGUUUUUAUCAUACAAGCCUGAGGCCCCAUUGCCUCGAGAACCACCAUCAGAAGACAAGGAUUUGUUUGAAGCAUGUCACGCAGUAUGUCUUGCUAUUCUAGAACGAGGAGGAGGGUCUGGAAAUGUAGUUCAGGAUUUGGCUGGUUGGUAUGGUGCUGCUUUACUUGAGGCAUAUCCCGAUCCGAUCGAUUACGACAUACUACGACGAGGCUUCACACUAUCUGUCCGUGCAUGCUCCUUUGCGUCAUCAGCAAACUCAUCAGCAUCAGUAGGAAUGAAUGCCAUCCAUGAAGCCGAAGAAGCAAAAGAGAAUGCCGAAUCAAACAUCCCCGAUACCCCAAACGCACUCUUAACAUCAUCACCUGAUGAAUCAGAUGACGAUACCAACAACAAUAACAAGGAUGAUGCUAUAAAUAACGCAACACCAAAAUUACCAUCUCAGCAAGAUACCGAAUCAGAUGCCAUGGCAUGGUCACUAAUAGCACGAUUACUACACAAGAUCCAAAUCCUGAAUGAUCGUAUCGCACAUCCUGAGAAUGAGGCUGUACCUGAUUUUAGUAAAGGUGGAAGUAAAGGACGUAGAAUCGAUUUGAUAUUGGAGGCGUCGCCGUUAACGCGGUUGAAUCUUCAACGCGAUCAAUUGACGAUGGUGCUGUUUGAUUCUAUAAGGGUUGUCGGGCUGAAUGGAUUGGAAGGUGUGUUGAAUGUUAUUGAGACGCUCUUGUUGGAUGGGUAUGUGCCUGCGUGGGCGACAUCUGGGAUAGAAAAUACAACCGCUACAGCUACCAGUGAUACACAUCACGAACCCGCAUCCGUCGAAGAGGAAGAAUCCACACACCACACACCAUAUACUGGAAUAGGCAUCCAAUCAAAUCCAGACACAUCCCCAUUAUGGCAGUCCCUGAUAUCAACCAUCGGACAUGCGAAAGGAUUUGAUUAUGCCAGAAAGACGAGAUGUGUUGGGUGGUAUAUGAAUACAUUGCAUGCUGCACGGGACAGAUGGAGAGAGUUUGUAAACAGGGAAUUGACGAAAGAACGUGUUGUGGGGCCUGUGCUGCCACAGGGACAUCCGUUACGAGCUCGGUUGUAA